UCUCUCACACACACACACACAAUGAGCAUGAUUCUUUUUAUUGUGUUGUGGGUUUUUUUGCAAGAUUGGAUUAUACAUCUGAUAAUUUCAUUUUCUUGAUUUUCUUGAAAUGAAAAUGACCUAAUAUGAUGAUGAUGUUGUGGAUGUUUGUUUGUUUGUUUACAUGUGUAGUAGAAGAAGAGAGUGAGAGAUGAAAAUGGGUGGGAGUGAGAAGAGUAAAGGAAAUAAAAAGUUUCAGAAAAGCUACUUUGAUGUGCUUGGAUUGUGCUGUUCUUCAGAGGUUUCAUUGAUAGAGAAGAUUCUCAAGCCUCUAGAGGGAGUCAAGGAUGUCUCAGUCAUUGUUCCAUCAAAAACUGUCAUUGUUGUCCAUGACAACCUCCUAAUCUCUGAACUUCAUAUUGCUAAGGCAUUAAAUCAAGCAAGACUAGAAGCAAACGUGAGAGUUUAUGGAAAGACAAAUUAUCAGAAAAAAUGGCCAAGCCCAUAUGCAAUGGCUUGUGGUGUAUUGCUUUUGUUAUCCUUUCUAAAGUACUUCUGUCGGCCCUUUCAAUGGCUGGCUGUUGGUGCUGUCGUUAUUGGUAUUUGUCCUAUUUUUCUGAAAGGACUUGCUGCCAUCCGGAAUUUCACACUUGACACUAACAUUUUAGCCCUUAUUGCAGUCAUGGGGUCCAUUGCUCUACAUGAUUAUUGGGAAGCUGGCUCAGUUGUCUUUCUAUUCACUAUUGCACAAUGGCUUGAGUCAAGAGCAAGUCACAAGGCCAGUGCUGUGAUGUCAUCAUUGAUGAACAUAGUCCCUCAAAAAGCUGUAAUAGCUGAAACUGGGGAAGAAGUUGAUGCUGACGGAGUUGAGGUGAAUACAAUCCUUGCUAUUAAGGCUGGUGAAAUUAUACCCAUUGAUGGAAUUGUUGUAGAUGGGAAAUGUGAAGUAGAUGAGAAAACAUUAACAGGUGAAUCAUUUCCUGUUUCCAAACAACAUGAGUCUACUGUUUGGGCUGGUACUAUCAAUCUCAAUGGUUAUGUCAGUGUUAGGACUACAGCUUUAGCAGAAGAAUGUGUGGUGGCUAGAAUGGCAAAGCUAGUAGAAGAAGCUCAAAACAACAAAUCCAAAACUCAAAGAUUCAUAGACAAAUGUGCCAAGUUCUACACACCAGCGGUUGUGGCUAUAUCAGCUGGUUUGGCAGUGGUUCCGGCCAUUCUAAGGCUUCAAAAUCAAAACGAGUGGUUUCACUUGGCAUUGGUAGUUCUCGUUAGCGCAUGUCCAUGUGCACUUAUACUCUCAACACCGGUUGCUACUUUUUGUGCCCUUUCGAAGGCUGCAACAUCAGGACUUUUAAUCAAAGGCGGAGAGUAUCUUGAAACUCUCUCUAAAAUAAAGAUCAUAACUUUCGACAAAACAGGGACGAUAACAAGAGGAGAAUUCCUAGUGACUAAAUUUCAAUCUGUGUCUGAUGAUGUUAGCCUAAACACACUUCUUUACUGGGUUUCAAGCAUAGAGAGUAAGUCAAGUCAUCCAAUGGCAGCUGCACUUAUCGACUAUGGACGGUCCCAUUCGGUUGAACCAAUGUCUGAAAAAGUGGAAGAAUUUGAAAAUUUUCCAGGAGAAGGGAUUCACGGGAAAAUUGAUGGGAAAGAUGUGUAUGUUGGAAAUCUAAAAAUGGCUUUGAGAGCAGGGUGUUCAACAGUUCCAAGGUUGGAAGGUGAUACUGAUGGAAAGUCCAUUGGUUACAUAUUCUUGGGAGGAAGUCUUGCUGGAAUUUUUAGUCUCUCAGAUGUAUGUAGAACUGGAGCUAAGGAAGCAAUAAAGGAGCUCAAAUCAAUGGGCAUCAAAACUGCUAUGCUUACAGGAGAUAGCCAUGAGGCAGCUAUAGUUGCACAAAAUCAGCUAGAGGGUGCUUUGGAGGUAGUUCAUUCAGAACUUCUUCCUCAAGACAAGUCAAGAAUCAUAAAACAAUUUCAGAAAGAAGCUCCAACAGCAAUGGUUGGUGAUGGCCUCAACGAUGCCCCUGCAUUAGCUGCAGCUGAUAUCGGCAUCUCAAUGGGCAUUUCAGGCUCUGCACUUGCAACGGAGACAGGCAAUGUAAUUCUCAUGUCAAACGACAUUCAAAAGAUACCCAAAAUCAUCCGUCUUGCAAGAAGAACACGAAGAACAAUAAUCAUGAAUGUGAUUUUAUCGAUUCUAACCAAAGCCGCUAUACUUGCGUUGGCAUUCGCGGGUCAUCCUCUUGUUUGGGCUGCAGUGCUCGCUGAUGUUGGGACGUGUUUGGCUGUCAUCUUUAACAGCAUGUUGCUUCUACGUGGUAGACAGAAGCACAUAGUAACAAAAAAGUGUUGCAAAUCUUCUCACAAUAGAACUCAAACAACGUCCAAGCCUCCAAGUUGUUGUUCCCAGAAACAUGCUCCGAGUCAUCAGUCUGGUCCCUAUAGUUCUUCAAACACGUGUGACAACAAAACGAGCUCAAACUCAACGAACGUACAUGGCUGUUGCACACAUCGAGAUCAGGAAAAAGAGGCAAAGCACUCAGAUCAAGAAAACCAUUUGAGUCACAGUUCAUUUGAAAUUAGCCAAAACACGACCACAACUAAUGGUCAUUGUCACUUGAAUCAUUGCAACCAUAACCAUGUUGUGGAAAACCAUGUUGUUGAUACAGAACACGGCCAUUUUGAUUCAAACCAUGGUGGAGACAAUUGCUCGGACAUUCAUGCACCACCGAUUGAUAUUUCAACGGGGAAUGAACACAUGGGAUGUGAAGCUACUACUAAGACUUGUUUCAAUUUGGAGAAGAGACAAAUUGGAGGGUGUUGCAAUAGUUUUAGGAAGGAAUGUUGUUGUAAGAAUGGACAUUUUGGAGCUACUACUUUCGGAGGAGAAUUAACAAAGAUUAUCAUUGAGUAAAAUGUACAUGGAAAUUUAGGACUUUGAAGGAGUUUUUAAGAACUUUAUAACUCCAUUGUUAAUUUUCUCAAGAAAAUAGGACAUUUUGAUGCAAAUAUAUUAAUGAUAUAGUCAACAAGAA